AUGGCGCCCCACCCCCUCCAGCAGCUCUCCUACCAAGAGACAGAAAUAGCGAAAGACAUCAUCAUCUCAGAGCACGACCAGAACGAGGUCAUCCUUCUCAGAGAGAUCUUCCUCCAAGAACCUGCCAAAGCCGAGUUGAAGAAGUUCCUGGCCCUCGAGCACGCGGGCAGCCUUACAGAAUCGUCUCCUCGCCCGUCACGUCUGGCGAGGUGUCAGUACGAUGUUAUUGGUUCUGAUAAGAUCCCGUAUUUCCACGAGGCUGUUGUCGACGUCUCGAAGAAAGCUCGUAUUGAGCAUGAAGUUGUUGGCAAGGAGCACCAGGCGCCGCUGAUUCUCUCUGAGUUCGACCACCUCGUAGAAUGCGUCGAAGCAUCGCAAGAAUUCAAGGACGCUCUCGCCGAAUUCGAACUGCCCGAAGGCUUCGACAUCAUUGUGGAACCCUGGCCCUAUGGCGGACCCGAUGAGGAAGAUGGCAACACACGCUUCUUCCAAGGCCUCGUCUUUGCCUACGACAAGAGGAAGGGCAACGCCGACACAAACUUCUACCCCUACCCGCUGCCUCUGAUCCCGGUCAUGGAUGCUCAGACAAAGAAAAUCGUCAAGAUUGACAGACUGGCUACUGGCGGCAAGGGAGACGCUCUAGAUGGCAAGACUCAUAUCAAGAAAGUCCUUGAUCAUUGCAAAUCUGCAGAGUACGUUCCAGAGCUGCUGCCAAACGGCACCAGAAAGGACUUGAAGCCAUUGAACGUCUCACAACCGGAAGGACCAUCUUUCUCCGUGACCGACGACUCCCUAGUCGAAUGGCAAAGAUGGAGAUUCCGAGUCACCUUCAACCCCCGUGAAGGCGCCGUCAUCCACGACGUAACCUACGACGGCCGAAGCAUGUUCUACCGCCUCUCCGUCAGUGAGAUGACCGUCCCAUACGCCGAUGCCAGGAAUCCCUUCCACCGAAAGCAGGCCUUUGAUUUUGGAGACGGUGGAGCUGGAAACUGUGCGAAUAAUCUCUCGCUUGGGUGCGAUUGUCUCGGUGUCAUCAAGUACUUCGAUGGCGUUCUUGUUGCUGGCAACAAUGAGAUCAAACAUGCUCCCAAUGUAAUUUGUCUGCAUGAGCAAGACAACGGCAUUGGUUGGAAGCAUACCAACUGGAGGACUGGCCGUGCGGUUGUGACUCGUAACCGCGAGUUGGUUGUUCAGUUUAUCAUCACCCUCGCCAACUACGAAUAUAUCUUCGCGUACAAAUUCAACCAAGCCGGCGGCAUCGACAUUGAGACCCGCGCCACAGGCAUCGUCUCCGUCGUCAACAUCGACCCAGGCAAACAAUCCGACUACGGCAACGUCGUGGGCCCCGGAGCCCACCAACACAUCUUCGCCCUGCGCAUCGACCCCGCCAUCGACGGCCACACCAACACCAUAAUCCAAGAAGACUCCCUCCCCGUCCCCAUGAACCCCAGCACAAACCCCCGCGGAAACUACUACGAAGUCCGACGAACCCCCCUCGAAACCUCCUGCCACGCCGACGCCUCCCCCUCGACCAACCGCGUCUUCAAAAUGAUCAACGAAUCCAAACUAAACCCCAUCAGCGGCAAACCCGUAGGCUUCAAACUCGUGCCGCCACCCACCCAGCUCCUCCUCGCCGACCCCGCGAGCAUCCAAUCCCGCCGCGCGGCUUUCGCGCAUCACCAUAUCUGGGCGACGAAGUACGUCGAUAACGAACUCUACGCCGCGGGGCGGUAUACCAUGCAAUCGCGCACGGAGACGGGGGGCGUGGCGGACGCCGUGGCGAGGCAGGAUAAUAUCCGCAACGAGGACGUCGUGGUCUGGAAUGUUUUCGGUCUGACGCAUAAUCCGCGCGUGGAGGAUUGGCCGGUUAUGCCGGUGGAGAUUCAUACGGUGGGAUUGCGGCCGAGUGAUUUCUUUGAGGCGAAUCCGGCGAUUGAUGUGCCUAGUAGUAAGAAUUUGGAGAGCAAACUUGUCAACGGGGCCGGCGUGCAGACGAAUGGAGCGCAGAGUAAUGGGUGCUGCAAUGGGGAUGGGGUGACGAAUGGUGUGAAUGGCACGAACGGGGCGCAGGAGAUGAGGCUGCCUAAUUUGAGGUAG